AUGCAAAAUAUCCUUGAAAUUCGACAAUGCUUUUUAGAUGUUAAUGAAUGUGAGAACGAAAAUGACUGUAGCUUAAAUGCAGACUGUACUAACUUUGACGGUGGUUACUACUGCACAUGCAAACCUGGAUUCACAGGAAAUGGACUUGACUGUACUAACAUCAACGAGUGCUUGCAAAAUCCCAACAUAUGUCCUGUAAAUUAUACCUGUGAAGAUGCACCUGUUGGAUAUGAGUGUAUCACCGAUGAUGACCUAAUUGCUAUUCCAAACUUUUUAGAGAACAUCGGAUUUUCACAGAUAGUUAACAUUGAACAAUGUAAGAUAAAUACACUAAUAUGUGACCCUGCUGCUAACUGUAUCACUGAUCAGUUUGGGUUUGACUAUUGUGAAUGCAAACCAGGGUACACAGGAGACGGUCUCACAUGUGAUGAUAUUAAUGAAUGUAAACCAGAUGAGUUGAAUCCAUGUAGUGACGAUGCUACAUGUAUUAACACAUUCGGUUCAUAUUUAUGUGAGUGCAAUGUUGGUCACACUGGCGAUGGAAUAACAUGUACAUCUACAAAUGAAUGUACAAUGUCAGGAAUAUGUGUGACAAAUGCCUCGUGUAUCGACACAGUCGGAUCAUACGCCUGUUUGUGUCUGCCUCCAAACGUUUGUACAAACGUUGAUGAAUGCGGCGAUGAG